CACCCCCAAAAACGUGUUUGGGUAUAAAGGGGGAUAACCCCCUUAUCCCCUUUAUAUCCGAUCCAAACGGUAACUAAAGCAUUCUCCGCAACCCACGACUGGUGGGUCUCGCUUUCCAAUCGUUGCAUAUGUGGGGCCCACUUACGCCGUUAGGCGCUUCACUGUUCCCGUUUUCUCCCCCACCAUUUCUUUUCUCCCUCUUGCUCGCGACCUCCGCCAUGGCGGUCCGCCGUUACCCCAGUCUUUGCCAGGAUGGGCGUGCCAUCCUUGCCAGGACAGAGGAGGUGUGGUUCCGUCGUUGUCUCCACCAUGGCCUAGUGGAGCCGUUGGUACGGCCUUGGCUUCUCAGAUUUCCUGCAGAUUUUUGUGCUGCCUCGGAAGGCGGGCCGUGCUCUCCUGUGAUGUGCCCUCCUGCAACUUGCCAAGGCACCGUGGGAGUCGGUCGCUGGCGUAAAUGGCUCGAUGGGUACGGCAAGUACGAAGGGGGUAUGGUCUCUGUGUCCGGCGGAUUAUUAACCAACUGAUGAAGAUCGAAAGAAAAGAAGAAACCUUUCUAUGAUUUAGCACGUUGAAUAUUUGAUCUAUACUAGAUUAGCCUGCUUCUAAUUUGGAAGAUGUACUGCUACUUUUGAGAAAUUUUGUAUGUAUUAAUUUGAGGCUAGCCCUUUUUGUAUGAGCACCUGCCAUAUUUUGCUAUGUUUAAUCUGCAAUUAAUGAAUCAGAUGGGUAGAACAAGUGCUAGCAAGAGAUUUUGAUUCAUAGGAGUUUAAAUGGGCUGGGCUCAUUGAUUUUGUUCUAUGAUUUGGAGCGAGUCUAGCUAGAUGAAUAAAUAUAAUGAAUAUUGGUUUGGAA